AUGCAAACUUUGUCACUGGAAGAUAGUGCAAGAAGGGUUGAGAUAAAGGCUAAUAUUGAGUAUUUAGCUUCUUUGGAGGAGAUUUCUUGGAGGCAGAAAUGGAAAGCUUUGUACUUAAAACAAGGGGAUAAUAAUACUAGAUUUUUUCAUAGGCUUGCUAAUUCUCAUAGACGUACAAAUACUAUGAGAGGUGUGGAGGUUGAGGGCAUUUUGUAUGAGGAUGAGUCUGCAAUUCAGGAUCAAGUGGUGGGUUUUUAUAAGGCCUUGUAUCAAGAGACCGAAUCUUGGAGGCCCACUAUUGAUGGUUUAGAGUUUGUAAAUCUGGAUGAAACCAAUCAAAUUGCUUUAGAAAGGGAGUUUGAGAAGGAGGAGAUCCUUGCAGCCCUACAGGAGGCAAAGGGUGAUAAGGCUCCCGAUCCAGAUGGCUUUAUUAUGGCUUUCUUUCAAAAAUGCUGGUGUGUUCUUGAGAAGGAGAUUUUGGCUUUUUUUGCAGACUUCCACAAAGAAUUUAUCUUUGAAAAAUCACUCAAUGCCACCUUUCUGUGUUUGAUACCCAAGAAGCUUAGUGCAGUCAAUAUUAGAGAUUUCCGCCCAAUAAGCCUGAUACUUGACUCUGUUCUUAUUGCAAAUGAAUGCUUGGAUAGUAGAUUGAAGAGUGGUAUUCCUAGUGUGAUUAUUAAAUUGGAUGUUGAGAAAGCUUAUGAUCAUGUGAGUUGGAGUGCCUUAUUUUACCUUACCGAGAGGAUGGGUUUUGGGGAGAAGUGGGGGAGAUGGAUGAAGAUGUGUAUUUCUACUGCUCGUUUUUUAGUCCUUAUUAAUAGGUCUCCUGUUGGUUUCUUUAGCAGCUCUCGUGGUCUUCGCCAAGGGGAUCUUUUAUCUCCACUCCUAUUCUUAUUGGUAAUGGAGGUAUUGAGUAGGUUGUUGAAAAGGACAAAAGAUGGAGGCUUUAUCAGUGGUUUCCAAGCAAAUCCCAAUACACGUGGAGCUAUCACAAGACUGAAAGUAAAUGUUGGCAAGAGUGAGAUUGUGCCGGUUGGUGAGGUUGGGAACUUGGAUGCUUUAGCUCGUAUCUUAUGUUGUAAGUUGUGGUCAGUGGAGUCUGGUGGCUUGGGGAUCUGGAAAAUUGGGCUAUUUAACCAAGUUUUGCUUGGGAAGUGGCUCUGGCGAUUUGGGAAUGAGGUCACAAGUUUAUGGAGGCAAGUUAUAGCUUCCAAAUAUGGGGAGGCCAGUAGGGGAUGGUGUACUAAAGUUGUUAGAGGGACUCAUGGAUGUGGUAUGUGGAAGAGCAUUAGGAAGGGGGCUGAGAGUUUCUUUGGUCAUGUGUUGUAUGCGGCGGGAGAGGGUUUUCGUAUCAGAUUCUGGCAUGACCCUUGGAGUAGCCUUACUGCCUUGAAAGAUUUAUAUCCGGCAUUGUUUGGUAUUGCUGUGAACAAGGAAGCUAUGAUUUCAGAAAUGGUUGAUUAUGCUCCGGAUGGGGGUGGUAGGAGUUGGAACUUAUGUUUCAGUCAUGCAUUUCAAGACUGGGAGACAGGGAUCUUUUAUGAUUUCUUUGCAUAUAUCUCUUCCAAGUUACCUAGGAGGGGUGAUGAUACCAUGAUAUGGCAAUUGAAUUGUAGUGGUGUUUUCAAUGUGCGCUCUUUCUAUACUUCAUUGCUAGCAGCUCCGGUGGUGUCUUUUCCUUGGAAGAGCAUUUGGUGUGUUAAGUUACCUAAAAGGGUGGCUUUCUUCUUAUGGACGGCUACUAGGGAUGGGCUUCUUACUAUAGACAACCUUGUUAAGAAGAAAUUACCUCUUGUGAAUUGGUGCUACCUUUGUCGAUGUGAAAAGGAAACUGUGGAUCAUUUAUUGAUCCAUUGUAAGUAUGCUUAUACUUUGUGGAGUGAAGUCCUUCGUUUGUUUGGGGUUUAG